GCGAGAAAAACGGGAAACAUUUUAGGAGUCCGUCACAACAUUUUGUUCUUUAGUCGGGUUCCCCGUGAAAAUAAACGGAAACGGCUCGUCUGGGUUACAGAUUUUCGUGAUAGCAGAACAGGCGUCGCUGUUUUUGGACAUUAAAAACGACCUUCGUUUUGAAAUCGGGAAAUAGAGAGCGAGGUUUGGGCGUGUUUGAAUCUGAAGCGCCUCGGCUGCAGAGAGACAGACUGCCUCCUCCUCACCCUCACUGGAUGCUAACACGGUAGCCUCUGCAUGUCGUUGCAGUCGUAGUUUCCAACUUCUGUUACAGUCCGCGGUUAUUUUCGUAUUAGUUCGGAGAUAAAGAGAGAAGAAGAUGGGAUGUACCCUAAGCACGGACGACAAGGCGGCGCAGGAGCGGAGCAAGAUGAUCGACAGAAACCUGCGGGACGACGGAGAAAAGGCUGCUCGGGAGGUCAAGCUGCUCCUUCUCGGCGCUGGGGAGUCUGGGAAAAGCACAAUUGUUAAACAAAUGAAGAUCAUCCAUGAAGCAGGUUACUCAGAGGAGGAGUGUAAGCAGUACAAAGCUGUGGUCUUCAGCAACACCAUCCAGUCCAUCGUCGCCAUCAUCAGAGCCAUGGGUCGCCUUAAGAUCGACUUCGCUGACGCAGGCAGAGCGGACGACGCUCGGCAGCUGUUCACUCUGGCGGGUUCAGCAGAGGAAGGCUUCAUGACGGCUGAGCUGGCCGGCGCCAUCCAGCGGCUGUGGAAGGACGGAGGCGUUCAGGCGUGCUUCAGUCGCUCGCGGGAGUACCAGCUCAACGACUCGGCGUCUUAUUACCUGAACGACCUGGACAGGAUAUCUAACCCUGCUUACGUCCCCACCCAGCAGGAUGUGUUGAGGACCAGAGUUAAAACUACUGGUAUUGUGGAGACACACUUUACCUUUAAGGACCUGCACUUCAAAAUGUUCGACGUAGGCGGGCAGAGGUCUGAGAGGAAGAAGUGGAUCCACUGUUUCGAAGGAGUCACCGCCAUCAUCUUCUGCGUGGCUCUGAGCGACUACGACCUGAUGCUGGCCGAAGACGAGGAAAUGAACCGAAUGCACGAGAGCAUGAAGCUGUUCGACUCCAUCUGCAACAACAAGUGGUUCACAGACACCUCCAUCAUCCUCUUCCUCAACAAGAAAGAUCUGUUUGAGGAGAAGAUCAAAAAGAGRCCGCUCACAAUCUGCUACCCAGAAUAUGCAGGCUCCAACACCUAUGAAGAGGCUGCAGCCUACGUUCAGUGCCAGUUCGAGGACCUGAACAAAAGAAAGGACACCAAGGAGAUCUACACCCACUUCACCUGUGCCACUGACACCAAGAACGUGCAGUUUGUGUUCGACGCCGUCACCGACGUCAUCAUCAAGAACAACCUGAAGGACUGUGGCCUUUUCUGAAGGCAGAAGUGACUUUAAAGAAGUGGAGUCUGAGUGGAGGAACCUUUGUGGACCCUGCUGAGAACGUCACCUUUAACCUCUUAUUAACUUAUGUUCAUCUCUGAAGUGUGUAGGGAAAACAUUUUGUGUAAAAUAUUUGUACAACAGUCUAUGGCCAGGAAUUUUUAGGAGUUUUUAAAAUGUGUUUUAUCAUUAUUAUUUUAAUUUUUUAUAUAUAUCUAUACAAGGGGGACUUUCUUCAUCCAUACAUGAACACUUUCGUUUGUAGCUGCCUUGCAUGCCUUAGUUACAGUUUUUUUAUUUUUUGUUUUUGUUUGUUGAAUUAGGUCACACAUAGUUGCCACCAUCCAGCUUUCCAACAAGUCCCCUGAUUUCAUAUCUGUUUCUUUUUCUAGUGACUCCAUUUUUGCCUUUAUUUUAUUUUUGUCUUCUGAAACUACAAAACAAGCAAGACCAAGUCACUCUGCAGACCAAUUCACUCUGACGCUGACAAACUGUGAGAGCUGUGUGUGUGUGUGUGUGUGGACGUGUUUUUGCUACAUCGUGGGAACCAUUUUCCAGAAAAAGGCAACCUCGUGGGGAUCGACUGUGCAUCAUUGGACCGCUAAUUACGGGUGGGGGGGUUAGGUUUUAGGACCAAGGUGUGAACUGAGUUUAGGUUAGUUUUAGGGAAAGGUCUGUGAGGUUAAUUGUAGGGUAAAUGGUCAGGGUUAGGCUAUAAAAUUACCAAAAGAUGAUUGGAAGUCGAUCCAUGGUCCCCACGGGGAUAUAAAAACAAACCUGUGUGUGUGUGUUUGUUUUGACUGAAGCCAGUUUGAGUGAGCGACUGUGAGCACAAUAUAAACAAAAGGGACUUUUAUUCCUCUACUUGUCAUCCUCUUUCAAAGUUUUAUUUUUCUAAGAAACCAAAAAAGAAGCUAAUCCUGAUAUGGAAGGAAAGAGUGCACAAACAAAACAUUCCUGAGUAGAAAGAAAAGAUGAAGGCAGGAGGCUUUGAGAGGACGAUGGCAGAUAGUAGAUCUGUGUGUAGGUGUGUGUUCAGUGUGUAGACGGGCAGCUGGCUGGGUACAAGUGCACUGGUAUCAAUUAGAACCUGUGAUGGUUUCAAGUUGCAUAUCUCCCCCCCCCCCCCCCCUUAAAACUCCCCCUGUCCUGUCGUUUCCAGUGGAUGGGGACGUUAGUGAACUAAUCUUCAUGAUUUCUGCUAAUAAAAGAGUUGUGGUGGUGUAACCACCGCAACUUGCACAACAA